AUGUAUUAACAAUAGCAUGAACGUAUUCAAUUGGUUAUUUUAAUACACAGAUUUAGAUAUUUAUCAUUUAUGAUUUGUUUCUUUUUCUUUAUAAUAUUGAAUUAAGCAAAUACACAUAAUUGGCCUUAUCUGCCAGUCAUUAGCUACUACAAUAUUGCUUUCAUGUUGGAAGCAGAAAUCCACGGUACUUAAUUGUACUUUAUCAUUGAUACUGGGUCAAGUGUGACCAUGAUAGAGUCUAUUUAUAAACAAUCUCAAACAUUUCAAAAUCUAAACUAAACUUAUGAGCAGCAAUAUGACUUAGGUAAAUGCAAGGGAGUUUUUGGAAUGGAUAGACUAGUGCUAUCAAAAUAAUUGUAUAUUCCUUAAUUUACGAUGGCAUAUGGGACAUGUUAGAAAAUGCCUUUCUUUGAUUAAUACAUUGGACUGAUGGGUUUGUCAAACAGAUUUCAAGUGAAACAUGUUUUCGAGGAUUAAUAAUUUCAUAGUUCCAUCUUUGGAUUGGAGUUUAGGAAAAACAGUGAGUCGAGACUCUAUUACAAUAUCACAAACAUAGAGGAGAAGGUCACUUGGCAUUAAUUGAAUGUAGAUCACAGAUGGAUGAUCAAGAUGCUGGGUGUUUAUGUUGACAACGAAGACGUGACUGAUAUAUUUACAGGCAGUGCCUUUCUAGACAGCGGAUAUAGUUGUUUGGUUCUGACUUAAAAUUAAUUUGCGUAUAUUUGGGAAAAGAAUUUGAAAUCCUUAUGUAAAAUAAUCGAUAAAUCAAUAUAUUGUGAUUGCAACUAUAAUAAUUUCCCCAACUUCACAAUAUAUUUUGAAGGUGCCAAAAUUAUUAUUGAAUCUUAGAAUUACUUUCCAUAUUCAUAUAAUGACAAGCUUUGUAAGUUGUGUAUCAGCCAACAUAAUCGAGAUUAUUUGAUUUUAGGAUUGCCAUUCAUAAUGUCCACAACUGUGUUAUUCGAUAAAACUAAUCAAAAGAUUGGUUUAGUUGAUUCAUUUGACAUUCAUUAAAUAUCUCCAAUAUAUUUUCAUCUCCAACUCAUAAUAGUCGGCACUUUAACAUUAGUCAUUAUAUUCUAUGCCUCAUAGAAGGAACGGACUUUUGUUAAAGUUGAUAUUGAACUUCGAAAUUUGGAAUAUUUAUGA